AUGACUGAACGGAAGGUUCUUAAUAAAUACUUCCCCCCUGAUUACGAUCCAUCGAAAAUCCCUCGGCUCAAACGUGGGAGCAAAAGUCGCCAAUUUAACAUAAGAACUAUGGCACCAUUUAAUAUGCGCUGCUUGACAUGUAAUGGUUAUAUCUAUAAGGCGAAGAAGUUCAACUCGCGGAUGGAAACCGCCGAGGGUGUCGACUAUCUAGGUCUUCGUCAUUACAGAUUCUAUAUCCGUUGUCCCGGAUGUUGUGCUGAAAUUAUAUGGAGAACUGACUUAGAAUCAAAUGACUACGUCAUAGAAAGUGGUGCAAAACGUAAUUUUGAGGCUCUUAAAACUGCAGAAGAGCUGGAAGCCAAGAGAGCUGCUCAGGAGGAGGAAGAGUUGGCAAAUAAUCCAAUGAAACUCUUAGAAAAGCGGACCAACCAAAGCAAAUACGAAAUGGAGACUGCGGAGGCAAUUGAUGAUCUGAAGGAAAUAAACAAACGUCAAGCCACCAUGGAAACGGACAACUUUCUCUUGCGGAAAUUAUGGCAAGAACAGGAAGCAGAAAAGGCUGCUCAAGAAAAAGCUGAUGAGGAUUUCAUAAAAGAGGUUAUGGAGGCCAAAAAUAAGGGAAUUCCGCUUUCUGAAAUAGCUGAGAAGUUUGAUCCCGAUGACGGCAUACAAGGGCCAACUGCUCGAGAUGGGGAGCACAAUGAAGCCACUUCAUCUUCGGAGACGGUCUCAAAAAAGAAACUGUCUGGACAACAGAUACCAGGUCCCUCUUCAACCAACCCUCGUGAUCUCAUCCGAAAUGCCAUCAGAAAGCGCCCACUUCCAGCAUCAACAAUACCGAAAGCCGUAGAAGAGUCGAAAAAGGUGCGUAACUCGCCUGAACCCUCGGGAGGCAACCCCCUCGGUAUCGCAUACUCUUCAGACGGUAGCAGCAGCGAAUAG